UUUUGUCUUCUCUUACACAUCUUUUCUCGCAAUUAAAAAGUAUAAAAUAAAAAUUUAUAAAUUAUACACACGCUUACUAUUAGUAAAAAAAUAUAUAAAUCUGACGCACCGUCCAUGAGAACUGUUAAAUUUAGUAAAAAUAGCUCAGCUAGCCCCACUCUACCCUACUUAGUAUUGUCUUAAAAAAAAAAUAUGUUGCUCAUUCUUUCCAUUCAAAAUAAUAACAUAAUUCUUUAAUUAAAUAUAACAUAAAACUUUAAUUAAAAUAACAUAAUUCUAAAAUUAACAGCAGCUCAAAUAAAGAAAUCGAAACCAAAACCGUCAUUUUUCAUAAUCCUUUAAGCUUUUCAAAACAAUAAAGCGAACAAAAAAGAAAAAUAAACUUUUAAAGUAAAAAAAAACGAAAUUAAAUAAAUGCGAAUGAUAUAAAGCAAACAAAUAUAAAAUAAGAUAAAACAACACCACUUAGCGCUCGACGAGGUCAAGACGUACUUUAAGAGCGCGUUCAGUUUAGAAAGAGUCUAGAAACUAAAUAUUUUAACAAAAAAUGGCGUAAAAUGACAUUCAACAUUCAACGUUAAUUGUAAGAACUAUAUUUUAAUAACAUAAAUAUAAAUGAAUAAUAAUAUAUAAUAGACAAGUAAUACAGAAGUAAGGUAUAGAAGAAAGUCAGGAAAUACAUAAAUUUAUAAAAAAAAGAAGAAAAUAAUGAAUCAAACAGAUCAAAGUACUGUCGAAAAUACUGCUACUCAUUGGUCUGAUGCAAACGUAUUUGUAGAUUUAUUAACUAAGAAAGAUACAUAUUUUUUUGUCAAUCAAGCUGAUAAUGCCUGCGAGCAAGGAAAAUAUUAUGAAGCAAUAGUUUUUUGGCGUAAAGUUUUAACGAUAUUUGAAGCUGAUAAAAUAACCAUUAAUGAUGAUAAAUAUACCUCAGUUCUUGGUAAAAUAGCUUGUGCCUACGAAAAGAUAAAUUGUUUAAAUUUAGCUCAAAGUAUUUACAGAAAUCUCCAAAAGAACGAUUUUUAUCAUUCUAAAACUCAAGAUUUUUUAAAUAGUUAUGAGCAGUUGGAAAUAUUAAAAAAAAACGUAAAACAAUUUGAAAAAGUAAACCAUGAUUGCUUUAAGGAAACAGCUAUUGCCAUCCUUAAAGAUAUAGAACAGAUCGAAUAUGGAGCUUUUUUAAGACAAUUUGCUUUUAAAAAAUCUGCUGAAGAGCUUAUGAAACUAAUAAUAAUCUUAUACGACUUAGGAUAUGUCAACGUCAAACUUGGUCAUUUAACCGGACAUCUAAAAUAUCACACUUAUGCGGCAAUUUGUUAUCAAUACGUUAUUAAUAUACUAGAAAAAAAACUAACGGGGAAGUUAUUAACUAUCAAAGAGAAAAACGAAUUUUUUUUAUAAAAAGGAAAAUAAACCCACAUCAUCAGUUAAACAAAAUUCAAAACAAAAUACUAUUAGUAAUUGGUGGAGACCGAAGUAAAAUACAGGUUCAAGAGGAAGCAGAAAAUAAUAAAAAAGUAUUAAACAUUUUGCGGAACAAGGUUGAUGAAAUAAUACGAUUCGAAAACAAUUUUAAAAUUAUAAACUCUGAUACUCAGCAAAAAAAACAUAAGUAUCAGGAGUGUUUUGAGGAAAUCGCAAGAGAAAUGAAACGGUUUUUGUCAAAGCUAUAUAGUGAUAGCGAACAGCAACUUUUUACACCUCCACCAUGUAAAUACGCCAUAAUUGGUCUGGGUUCAAUGGCAAUGCAACAAAUGACGCCAUAUUCUGAUAUUGAGUUUGCAAUCCUGACCGAUAACGAAAAUUACAAACAAAGUAAUGACCAAAAAAUAAAGAAAUAUUUCAAAAAUAUAAGCUACUUGGUAAAUUUUAAAAUUAUCAAUCUAGGAGAAAGUGUAAUACCUACAAGUAAAUAUAAUAUAGAUAUGAGCCAUUUAGUAGUUGGAGUUAAUUUUGAUUUAGGAGGAAAAACUCCACUCGGAAGAAUAGAAGAAGACAAACAAUAUGAGCUUGUAAAUACAGUAAAACUGAUGCUGCAUUAUGUCUAUAAUCAUAAUAAUUCUGCUAGUAACAUUGAUAAGAACUUACCUUAUAUACUAGAAAAUGUUUGUUACGUAUAUGGAGAUAAAAAUCUUGUUAAAACUUAUAAAAAUAAAAUUAAAGUAUUUUUGAGAGGCAAAAAUGAACAACAAGGUAGAUUAAACUGUGAAAUGAGAGCUAUAAAUUUGCUGGAAAAGGGAACAGUCGAAAUUGGUUACCUGCUUCCAAAAUUUAAUAUGAAACUUAAAGAAACACGAUUCAGUGGUGAUUUAUAUAAGUUAAAACCAGACUUAUUUGAAAUGUCAGGUGAGUUGUUUGACGUUAAAAAGAAUAUAUACCGUAUACCAGAUCGAAUGGUGUACAACCUCGGUCUUUAUUAUGGUGUUGUAGAAAAGUGUGGCUGGAAAACAAUAAAUGAAUUAGAAAGGCAAGCAAUAAUUAAUUCCAAUGCAGCACUCAAUCUGAAAAACGCGCUUUCUUUUGCCACAAGUUUGAGAUUGAAAUCCUAUUCAUACUAUAAAGCAAGAAGAGAAGAUUUAUCAGUAUUUGCAAUUUCAGAUAUGAGUAGAUCUGAAAUUAAAGAAAACCUCUGCAAAACAUUUCAUUUAUCUGAAGAAGAUUUAAUGGAAGAUGGUGAACUUUUUAAAUUUUUUUACACCGCUCUGCCUUUUUAUGAUAAAUUAGACGAAUUUUGAAGUCAGUGUGAGACCUUUAAUGAAGAUAGCAAGAAACUAUUUUUUAAAAGUGAUGAUUUCUACAAGAAUGAUUGUGCAGUUAAGGGUUUUAUUUAUUAUAGAUUAAUACAGUUUGAACAAGCGCAGAUCAAUUUAGAGUUAGCAAUUCUUGAUCCAAUAAAUUUAAAAAACUUGCAAAUAAAUCUUGUUUUAGGAAACAUAUACGGAUUGCUUGGCCUAACAGAUAAAGCAGUUGAGAAAUAUAGGCAUUGUAGGAGUAUAUGUAAAGAUAUCUAUAAUAAAGAACCACACAUAAAUACAGUUCUUGUUUUACAUAACCUAGGAUAUGCAUUAAGAGUUAAAAGGCAAUAUGAUGACGCAAUAAAAUAUCUUAAGAAAUGUUUGUUUAUGUUGCAGUUACUGGUCACGUGCAAGUCACAGGAAACAACUGCUAGAUGUUUGUUUAACUUAGGAAUAACUUAUAAACUUAAAGGAGAAUUUGAUGAAGCCAUACAACUCCUUCGCCAGAGUCUGUUAUUAUAUAAGUUACAAUGUUCGAAUAAAGAUAUUGCUUCUACUUUAAAUGUCAUAGGAAAUCUUUAUUUUCAUAAAGGACAAUAUGCCGAGGCAUUUCAAAACCUUAAAGAAAGCUUAAAAAUGAGACAAAUUCUUUAUAACGAUGAACCACAUUUUGAUAUAGCCGAUUCUUUACAUAACCUUGGAGUAUAUUAUUCAUGUAAAGGGAUUUAUAAGAAAGCAUUGAAGUACUUUAAGCAGAGUAUUAAAAUGGAUAAACUUGUAUAUAAAAAGCAAGAUCACCCUAGUAUUGCUAUUUCUUUGUUUUGUUUGGGGGACCAUUGCUUUUCAAAUGUACAAUAUGAUCUAGCACUCAAGUACUGGAAUAAAAGCCUUCUUGUUCAAGAAAGCAUUCCCUUCAAAAACCAACUUUAUCCCCUUACUUUGCUAUGCAAAAAUAGUUUUCAAAAAGUUAAUAUAGUUAACGGAAAAAAAAUUGACAUAAAGGAUAUUGAAUGCAUUAAGGACACCAUCUCAAAUGCAGACUAUAUAAGUGCUGAUAGCUUAGGUGUUUUAGGAAUGUAUUAUAUUAAUAAUGGAGAAUAUAAGAAAGGGAUUAAGUACUUUAAAAAAAGUCUGGAAACACUUGAACAAAUUUUUGGUAAAAAUCAAGCACACUUAGAUAUUGCAAAUUCGUUGCAUUGUAUCGGUGUUUCUUACUUGGGUAAAGAAAAACCUAAUAAAGCAAUAGAGUAUUUUGUGCAAAAGUAUGACGGAAAGCAUCCUUGGUAAAUACCAGUUUCAUCCUCAUAUAGCUAUAAAUUUAAAUUAUCUUGGUGAGAAUAUGAUCAAUGAAGAUAAUAACAAAGCGUUAAGCUGCUUUUUAAAAAGUCUAGAUAUGUUAAAACAGAUCUUUGGAGAAAAGCAUUUUAAUCUAUAUACUGCUUCAUGUUUAAAUAACCUAGGUACAUAUUAUUUAAACCAAAAGGAAUAUGAUUUGGCAAUAAGUUAUUUUAAUGAGAGUUUAAUAAUAAGAAAGCAUUUGUAUGUAAGGCCAGAGGGUCAUUUUGAAAUUGCUGAAUCUUUACAUAGCAUAGGUAUAGCUUAUCUUAUGAAAGAAGACUAUGAUCAGGCUCUUGGUUAUCUCAAAAAUGGUUUAAAAAUGAGAAAAUGUCUUUUUAAAGAGUCGUCACUCUUAACUUUAUAUCAAAAGCAAUGCAUUGCUAGCUCUUUAUCAGGUUUAGGUAGAACAUACAUGGCUAAAGGAGAACUUGAUGACGCAAUUAAGUUUUUUAAAAAAUGCCUUAAGGUACAAAAAAAAAUUUGUGUCAAUGAUCAACCUUGUUUAGAAAUUGUUUCCACAUUGCUGCUUUUAUGUUAUUGUUUUAUUGAUAAAAAAGAAUACAAACAAGCUGUAGUAAGUUGUAACGAAGCCUUAGAAAUAAUUUUAAGUGGCACUAAUCAAAAUCAUCCACAUAUUGAUAUGAUAAAAAAUAGUUUAAUAGGUACGAUUUCUUUUAUUGCAGAUAGACAUUUAUUAACUCCGGAAAAGAUUGUAAACAAGUUUUUUAGUUAUCAUUUAAAAAGGUUAAAUUUUACAGAUUAUAAAGUGCAUUUUAACUUUGCGUUAUCAUUAGAUGUAACCAAUUCAAAUACUCAAGAUAAAGAAGAAAUUAUAGAAGAAUAUAAGCUUGCGCUUAUAUUUCUUCCUAAAGAGGAAUAUAAGUUGAAAUUAGAACUAUGCCAAAAGCUAGCAAUACUGAUAGGGGAAAGUUCACAAAACGUGGAAUUAUGGCUUGCACUAACACAGGGUAAAUCAGAUGAGGUUAAGAACAUUCAAAAUGCAGGAGUUAUUGAGAGUACCAUGUUCAACGGACUCACACCAUUAAUAUUUGCAGUUGUUGAAGGAAAUGUUGAAUUAGUAUCAGCAUUAAUUUCUGGAAAAGCUGAUUUGAAUAAACCUGACAAUAAAAAAAACAAUACUCCAUUAUAUUAUUCAUUAGGAGCUAAAAAGCGAUUUGGUGUGCCUAUAUUUGAACUGUUGUUGUCAAAUGGUGCUGAAGUAAAUAAGUCAAUGCCUAAUGGAGAUACAGCAAUGCACAUGGCUCAUUACAAAGGUUAUAAAAAAGCUAUUCACUUGUUAUUACAAUAUGGAGCUAUGAUAAAUGAAAAAAAUGCUGAACAAAAGACACCUCUGCAUUGUUUAAUUGAAGCUCCAAAGAUAAGCAUAGAAACAAAGUUAGAAAUAAUACGUGAAUUUUUUUUUAAAUAUGACUUUACCAUAAAAGAUCGAAAUGGUAAGACUGUGAAAAACUAUGUUGAAGAAGAUUAUCCAGAACUACUACCGUCACUUUUUACCCACGAAUUAUUGCCUUCGCCAUGAAAUAUUUUAUUGCAAUAUACUUUUAAAU